GUUCGAUGGAAUGAAACAGUGUUUGGUGUAGUACAAUUCUUCCUCAACAUUUUUAUACAUAUUAUUUCAGUAUCAUUGCCAUAUAAUCAUAGACCCGACUUGAUAUUUUAUUUCUACUAAUCCUACGUAAGAGGAAGUACAAAUUACAGAACAGAAAGCAGAAAGGACAAACUAGAGAAGACAGAGCUCAUUCAUUGAUUCAUUCCCUGGGAAAUUGGGCAAUGGGCAUGGCUUCCUCCAUGAAAUCUCUCAAGUCAACGACUGCGCUGUGCCUAUUUCUUCUCUUAUCUCUGCAUUUCUCCCUAAUCAAGGCCCAUGGAGGCAGUGACGAUGGUGGCGGCGAUAGCCCAAGCAUAGAUCUGCACUCUAAAGCUCUGAUUCUAACCAAAAUAUGGUGUCUCAUAAUUCUAUUGGUGAGCACUUUUGCCGGUGGAGUCUCCCCUUACUUCUUCCGAUGGAAUGAAAGUUUUCUUCUGAUGGGCACUCAGUUCGCCGGCGGUGUUUUCUUGGGGACCUCGCUUAUGCAUUUCUUGAGCGAUUCCAGCUCAACUUUCGGAGAUCUUACCACCAAGACAUACCCUUUUGCCUUUAUGCUGGCUGCCGCCGGUUAUCUCCUCACCAUGUUUGGUGACUGCGUUAUAACCUUCGUCGUCAACGGAGCUGCUGCAAGAAUGGAUAAAGUGGAGGUCGUAGAGGUGGAAGAAGGACGUGGAGGAGUUGCAGCAAAUGAGAGAGCCGCCGUGGACAUCAACCCGGUUUUUGUCAAGACUUCUUCAUUUGGGGAUACCUUGUUGCUCAUCCUCGCCCUUUGUUUUCACUCUGUUUUUGAAGGCAUAGCCGUUGGAGUUGCAGACACCAAAGCAGAUGCAUGGAGAAACUUGUGGACAAUAUCGUUGCACAAAAUAUUUGCAGCCAUUGCCAUGGGAAUCGCAUUGCUGCGUAUGAUGCCAAAGAGGCCAUUUGUAGCUACUGCUGCUUAUUCUUUCGCCUUCGCCAUUUCAAGCCCUAUUGGAGUUGGAAUUGGCAUCGCCAUUGAUGCCACAUCACAAGGAGCAGUGGCAGACUGGAUCUAUGCUAUCUCCAUGGGUAUCGCUACUGGUGUUUUCGUCUAUGUUGCCAUCAACCACCUUAUCGCCAAAGGGUUCAAACCAGAGAAGCCCAGCUCCUUUGACACCCCUUUCUUCAAAUUUUUUGCUGUUCUUCUUGGGGUGGGAGUUAUAGCAGUUGUCAUGAUUUGGGACUAGUCAACUUCAGAACUUCCUUUAUUUUUUUUUUUUGGGGUAAAGUUUUUCUUUGCUUGAUGGUUGUCUUGUUGGGAGUAUUCUUCAUGUAUUAACUGUGUAACAUAGUAUUAGUGUGUAAUCCUUAUCCUCUGUUGCCCAUU